AUGGUGGCACCUCCUCUGGAGGACACCUUGAUCCAGGUCUUCCAGGACGGUGUGGAGGUUCUGGAACACAGCGAGACGAUGGAGCGCUCCAGGCCUCGCAAAUGGAGGAUCGAGGAGGAAGAAGAGAUAGCCGACGGGGCCCUGUUGUAUGGGAGAUUCUGCAUCGAUGGCAUUCCGCCGCGUCAGGGAGGGACGGUGGGAAAUACCUUGCGAAGAACACUCUUGCGGCAGGACUUGUUUAGAGCUUACGCAGCGGUGGCCUUCCGCUUGCGUUACCGAUCCUACAAUGUGGAUCAAGGGAAGGUCCACGUGUCCAGAGCGCAGCCUGCGCUCCACGAGUUCUCGUCUGUCCCGGGCGUGCAGGAGUCCAUGAUCGAUGUUGUGCGCAGCGUGCAGCAGUUGACUGUUGCCAGAGCACCGUGGCAGGCACCCUCGGACCUUCCGCUGUCUGCCAUGGCAUCUGAACAUCCAGGCGAACCCGACGUCUGGCGCUGGGCCACGCGUCGUUGCGGGCCGUGCCCUGUCAAGGCACAAGAUCUGGACAUGGUUGACAGCUCUUCCUUCUACGAACGGCCCACCUACUUGCCAAUUGGGCAGCAGCACUUGCUGCAGAUUUCUGCCCCUGCAAUGAUCGAAUUCGAGGUUGAAGCGACGUGCGCGUCGCAGACGGAAUGGGAAAUCUCUGGGGCCUUCGAAGAGUACCGACAGCGACUGCGCUCUGAUCGGUGGCUUGUGGUGCCUCCCCUGUUCUCGCCUGUGAAGAAGGUGAACUACAUGGUCACCGGGAGCGACGACGACACGGAGCGAUUGGUUCUUGAAUUCUCCCAUGCUUGCACGCAAGUUCAGCAGCCGGUGUCCUCGGCUCCGCAGGAGUCGGUGCAGCUGGAGGUGCCAGGGACAAAUGGGAGGCCCAAAGAGGCCUCCGCUGAAGUUGCUCCCAUGGCGACGGUGCUUCGCCGUGGCAGCUUGCUCCUCUUGAUCCGCCGAUAUGAGGUGCUGUCGUUCUCUGCCAACCUUCGGCGGCGAGGAGUGGUUUGGGUUCCCUUGGCAUGGCCAUGGCCAGCGCUGGCCACGGAGCUCGAGGGUGCACGGGAGCGUGUGGCCGCAGUGGCUCAGAAGCUGGAAGAGCUGGCCAACACGGAGACCUUUGCCAAGGUGGCUGCCGGUGGAGGUGACAACAUCAGGCGGGAGCUGGGAACCGUUGGAACGACCUCCCCCCUCUUCGACGCAGAGAAGGCCUUCAAGGCCUUGGCCGAGGAGGUGGAGGAUCCCGAGCUCUACUUCGAAACCUUGGAGAAGCUCAAAGAGGCCGUGAGCAACGCGGAUGCGGACGCCUACUCGAGCAUUUUUUCCAUGAACUCUGCGGCUGCAACGCCGCCACAGGUUUACACGGAUCGAUCCUUCAAGGAGGUGCAAGAUGCGCGCUCCGCCGUCCGGCAGCUGCUGGCAAUGCUGAAGAAGCCCUCGAGCCUGGUUCGAACGUCGGCUGCCUCGCUUUUGGCAUCUUUGGUCGGGCGACGGCUGGAGGCUGCUUGCCUUUCCCAUCGCACCGUGAAGGGAGAUGCCGAUGCUGAAGCGCCCUCAG